UGUGUGUGUGUGUGCAAUGUCGCCCCACAGCUGCUUCCUCUCACUCUGCAAACACCCCACACAAACGUGCAAUUACUAUUAUUCAUAUUCACAAUAUUACACGCGUUAUGGACGUGUGUGAAGUUACAGACGUGAGGAAGAAAAGAAAGAGGAAGAGGAGGAGUAGAGUCACAGGGUCGAGGAGCAUGGGGGUGAAGAAGCUGGAGGACCAAGUGCACCACCUCGCCGUAAGGAAGCCAUCAAGCAGAGGCACAUCACCAUUCCCCAAAAGGCAAGGACUCAGAGUCUCCGAGAGGAAGUGCCCACAAAUGGGCCGCCUGACGUGGAAGAGAGCACCCUGUUUGCUUACUCGGAAGAAGAACUCAGUGGUGCGGCUGAAUGAGCUGCAACCCGGUCUUCGCUACGACACGGUGUCGCAGACCGGCCCACCACACGCCCCCGUGUUCGCGGUGGCCGUGGAUGUGAACGACCUCCGCUUCGAGGGCAGUGGACCCACGAAAAAACAGGCCAAGAUGAGGGCGGCCGAGCUGGCACUCAAGUCCUUCGUCCAGUUCCCCGAACCAGGCUUGGAGGGUAUCAGGAGCACCGAGACCGAUUUCACAAAUGAUCGACUGGAUCAGUCAGAAAUGUUCUGCGCGGAGGGCACAGGUGGCAAAAUGAGUGAAAACUGGACCUGCGUCUUGGAGAAGGAGGUCUUGUCCUGCAGCCGCCGUCCAUCCAAUACAGGGGGAGCGGUCGGUACCUGGCUUUUGAGGCGGCUUGGUCCAGUGGGGUUGCUCGGUGAACUGCGACCAGGCCUGCGCUACUUUUGCCUGACAGAGCGACUUCAUGGCCGGCCAGAUAGGAGUUUCAUCGCGGCAGUCCGGGUAGAGGGGCGGAUGUUCGAAGGCUGCGGUCGCAGUAAAAGAGAUGCUAAGGCCCGGGCGGCGGCCGCCGCUCUGUGCUCGCUCUACGACAUCGGUGUGGGCCCCGAGAGGAACGUGAUGGGCCUCCAGGGGGACAAACAGCAACUACCUCAGUUUUUUGCAGAGUCCAUCUUCCAGCUGGUGAGACAAAAAUACGAGCAGCUAAUGGACCAAAGGCUCGCUACACACAACAUGGCCGCUUUCAUCAUGACGACAGGAUUUGAGGCGAACUCAGCCGAGGUGGUUUCCAUGGCAACGGGGACCAAGUGUUUGGACUGGGAUGCCAGUUGUCACGACGACAGGGUGCUGCGCGACUGUCAUGCCGAGGUUGUGUGCAGGAGGGCAUUGUUGCGCUUCUUAUACGCUCAGCUGGAGAUGCUCCUUAUAUGUCCUCCAGAUGAGACUGAUGCAGGCCCGGUGUCCAUUUUUGAACCAGCGACUGGUCGCCGCGGGGUCUUCAGGCUGCGAGACCACGUUGGAUUCCACAUGUUUGUCACCUCGUCACCGUGUGGAGAUGCCAGACUCAACUGCCCGUAUGAAAACUACGCCUCACCCUCCAUGACUAUGUCCGCGUUGCGCUGUGGCCUGAGGACGAAGGUGGGCGGCGGACAGGGAACUUUGCCCGUCACAGCUCGGCCAGCCAAUCAGAAGACGGCAGGAGUGUCGCCGGGUAAACCUCGAGUCAGCAUGUCCUGCACAGACAAAAUAGCAAAGUGGUGCGCAGUGGGCCUGCAAGGGGCGCUGUUGUCUCACCUGGUGGAGCCUGUGUACCUUCACAGCUUGACGGUGGGAACGUUGAGCCACACGGGCCACCUGCAACGCGUCCUGACUCGCCGACUCGCCCCAAAUAAACGCUGCGCCGCACCCUAUCGACGAAAACCGCCGCUACUCGCAUGUCUAAACAUGGGGCAGCGUCACGCAUGUGGGACUUCAUCUCGUGUCAGCAUAAACUGGAGCAGCGGUGACGGCGACACAGAGGAGCUCAGCACCUCGUCAGGGUUGUGCAACCUCUGUGGGACACCGUCCAGACUCAGCGGGCGUCGUUUUUUCACCCACUGGCAACGUCUGCGCAGGCGGUUGAACAAUUGGACGCCAGAGGACAUGCUGAGGACGCACAUCGCCUGGAAGCGGGCGGCCGGUCCGUACCAGAAGGCCGUGCAGCAGUUCGGCGAUGCCGUGCGGGACGCGGGGCUCGGGGUGUGGAGCAGGAAACUUACGCAAAGCGCUUAGAGCAACGACGUGUAAUAUGAACAUCGUUAUGAAAACAAGUACAAGUCGGACUCGCAGCUGUGAUGUUCUGGGUUCAAAUCUGGGCACCAGCCUUCCUGUGUGGAGUUUAUUUACAUGAUCUCUUUGGACUUGCCUGUUUUUUUUCUCCCACAUUCCAAAUACAUGUUAGCGUCAUGAAAGACCUGUUUAAAAAAAUAUUUUGGGGGCGCAGUGUCCAUUUGAUGUGACUGAACUUGUGUCCAAUAGAUUUGUACUUUUGGUUUUAUUACCCUAUAUUAUUACCGAGUACUACUAUUUGAAAAGUGUGACUGUAUGUAAACUUGGUAAAUGGUUUGUCAUGAGGAGCUGGUGACUUCAAGAGGAAAAGAUCAUGUACUAGAUCAUUUAUGGCUCUUUAUUUGUAAAAGGUGCAUUGCUGAAAUGUAGAAAUGUGAUGUUAAUAAUACUGUACAUUUUUUUACCUUUGUAAUUAACAACCAAAGCAAGUUAUAAUUGUGCAAAAUAAAUUGUAUAAAAUACUUAACCAUACAUAUGGUAUGUAAAUAAUAUACAAUGACCCCCGGGCACAGGGCGAGUGUAAUGAUGUGUGUGCUACUAGCGCAGGCAGAACAUGUUUCGAUCUGCCAUUACACAAGUUUUUGUCUUCAACACAACAAAGUCAACAACAAAGCUGUGAUUUAACUCCAUUGCAUUGUAACUCACUCGAAGUUGUGCAAUUUUCAUUGAUGCAUUUUCCUUUCAUGAUAAUGGUUUGGUAAAUUCAGCCGAGAUCAGGAGUGUUAUGAAUAUAUUGUUGAGCUAUUUUAUUUACUGUCCUGCAGAAGGUGCUUAAUCAAUGUGUCUAAACUUUACACUGUAAAAAACAAAAUCUAUAUAAUUACAAAGUAACUGAGGGCAGAGAAACAAUGCUAUGCCGUGGACGGAGAAUGUGAGGUGGACCGCAUUCUAACAAAAAUUUCUCAAUUGUGUUUCAUGGGAAACAAAAAGCAGUUCGAGAGAAUAAAACCACUAACAUGUACAGAGCUCCAAGCAUAACAUGGGAAAUUUUAGUUUGGCCACAAUAUAGCUGACAUGCACACAAAAGGGUAAUAAUAUAUGACCACCAAAUAGGUGUAAUUUGCGCACAAAAUACUAAUUGGUGGGUUUGUUAUCAUUCCGAUAAACAACUAAACAAAUAGUGCAAAUCUUUUCUUACUGCUUUAAUUAAUAGCCUGCAAUCCUCUGCUAAAGCAUUUCAAAUUCUUGUUCUAUGUGCCCCCUUUUUAACUUUGAACUUCCAAAGGUCUCUGCACGCCCCAUCCCCAACCCUAACCCUAACAAACUUCCACUUGCCAAUCAUGUUGCAGUGGGGCGUGUCCUGCCUCAAAACUUAUGUGGGAAUCCUAGGGUGCAUAUUGUAGUUUGAAUAUACAUAUUUUGUAGAGUGUCUGUUGUACUUGGGGCAGUAUUUAAUCCUAAAAUGACUUAACACUGGCUCAAGGUUACUGUACACCUAACCAACCUCAAAUUUCUAAGGAUCGUGUAGUAAUUAGGCUGUCAUUUUGUGAAAUGCGUUUGGUCACAUAAAUAAAAUAAAAUAAAAAAAAUGUUCUGUUGGGUCAGAGUUGGGGUGGCGCAGGACACGAUCGUCUUUGCAUGUGCAAAGUUGUUAUAUUUGACUUUCAUGCAUUCCCACUUAAUAUAUAAAGCAUAAUGUGGACAUUUGUGGUAAUAGUAAUAAUUUAAUGACUUUAUUAUUUAAUUAUAUAUAUAUAUAAAUUUUGGAUUACAAGUGCUUUGUGUUGGUGUGUGUCCAGCAGGGGGAGACGGAAAAGAAAAUGACGUGUCAGUCAAUUUAAGUUUUUAUUUUGCUUGACGUGUAACAUAGUGACAUCGUUACAAUGAUAACACAACUGCACUAAAUGCCAACAUUUUUCCCACUUUAACUUGUUAUGCUCAGUUUCACAUAUAACCAGGGAAGAGAGCGUUUCUCCUUUUUUUUUUUUUUUUUAAGUAAAA